UUAUUAAAAACCCUUUCUCUCUCAAAUCCUAAAUAAUCAAACCUUAAUAAACCCACACAUACACACACACAUUCUUCCUUCUUACCAUUCCCCUACACCCCUUCCUUCACUGUCCCUCCUUUUAUCCCUUCAUUUGUAGGGUCCCUUCUCCCACUACUCACCCUUUACCUUCAUUAUUAAAUCCUCCUCUCUCCCCCUCUUCAUUUCCCCAACUUCUUCUCUUUUCCCCCCUUUUCUCCUCUCCCAUGGCUGCUCCCUCUUUGACCUUCCCUACUGAGUUUCCUUAUGAUUUUGACUCCUUUCUCUCCAACUCCGACCUCAACUCGCCUGUUGAAUCGGUUGGCAGCUCUACUACGGAUUCCACUGAUAGCUGCGGUAGCGAUGAUGAUGAGUUCUUUGUUGGGUUGGCUCAGCAACUUGCAUGGACCUCCCUUUGUGAAGCUGAAAACACAUUUGAGAAGAAGUAUGUUAAAGCUGGCUCUCCUCAGUCGACUUUGAGUGGAAUAGAUACCUGGUUUCGUCCUGAAAGUCCUUCCUCCCAGUUGAAAUCGCCUCCCAUGGCGGUUUUUGGGGCUGAGAAUGAUGCUAGAGCGAUUCUACAUGCAGCUGCUAGAGAAGCUGCGAGGUUGAAGAUGAGUGGUGAAACAACCCCAUUUCAGAAUAUUGACCCUUUUAUGAGAGGAUUUGUAGGUGCUCGAUCUUCUAUUCCAGUUAAAUCUACUAAUAAUGUGGAUUAUGGUGUUUUCUCGAAUCAGAACUCUGCUCGGAAUCUUGCAUUUGCCGCGCAGGUGCAGCAAGUGAAACAAGAUCUUGUACUACAGGCUCUCCGUGCCUCUUCUUUGGGAGGAAGACAAGCCAAAGUCAGCUGGUCGGCUCAGCCACACUGGAAGCAGGAGAUUCAAAACAGAGAGAGAAAUGUUGUUAAUGCGAGUGGCCGGUGCGGUGUAGGCGCCGGCGGUUUGUACCAUUCCCCAUGGCUUCCGCCGCUGCAAAAUCAACAACCAACGCCUAACACCACCGUCGUGCGUUGCAUUCAUCCCGUCAGAUCUGGCGUGAAAAGAGCUUCCUCCGGCACUGGCGUUUUCUUGCCUCGUAGAUACAUCAACCCUACCGAUUGCCGCCAGAAACAAGGAAACCCAUCCGUUCGAUUUGCAGAGGAAAUGAAGAGCCCCAUUCAAGCUCCAUUAAACGGUUGCCUUUCCCCUGGCUUCGAUCCCAUUUUAUCAAGAAGAAACAAUCCCCUUCUGCCAUUGCCAAGGAGUUUCCGAACAGAGGGAGGCAUGAAUCAAGAACAUCAUCAUCUACCUCAGGAAUGGACAUAUUGAUGUUGGAAAAACAGAGAAAAACUAGUGAUGGAAAUUGUUUUGUAGGAUUUGGAUAAAGAAGCCAUUAAAGUAGGCAAUUAGUAGCAUUAAUUUAUGAAAGAAGAAGAAAAUGAAGAAGUGGGGAGAUUCAAAAGGAAGUUUUUUCUUUUUAGAUUUAGAAAAGCAAUAAGUAACCAGGAAGUUAUUUAUUGAAUGAUGAUGAUGAUGAUGAUGAUGAUGAAGAAGAAGAAGCAGUUGUAGGCAGCUUUUAUAAUAAAAGAAAACAGUGAAAGUAAAGUAGUAUUAGUAUUGAGAAGAAAGGUGAUGAAGGAUGAAGGUUGAAAAAAAAAAAUUAAAGGACAGGGAUGGUGUUGUGUCCUUGUAAUAAUUCUGUAUUUUUGUGUUAUAGUGAUUUUAGAAAUGGUUUUUUGGGAGUGGGGAAAAUAUAUAAAAAAAAAUCCCUCUCUGGCUUGUAAUUUUGUUGAUGGAUUUAAGGAUAUGCUUUUAAUAAAUAAUAAGUUAUAUGUUGGAUUUUGUUA